CAGCGGCGAUUGGUCGAAACGGCUCCCCGUCCGAUGUUUGCCGGCAGCACUUUCGGUGAGAUAGCGCAGGCUACUGAAGCGCCGAAGAACAGCCAGCCAUUCAGAAUCACUGUCUGUUGAAAAUUUGCGGAUACUGGGGUGUAGCGUACGGGGCGAUGCGUUAGCAGGCCAUUCUACCCCAACACCCCGGCUUAUACGCCGCUCAACCAACGCCAGCAUGGGACUACCGAUGAGCUACCAACUACUGUCGAGUCUGGAUGGAACCAGCCCAUGUCGCGACCUUUACCAUGAGGAUGGUAUCUGGGAGACGUGGAGGACCGAUAUAUAUUGUGCCCUGUGUCCCUCCAUUGAAACAGCAUCAGCCUCUCGCUCUUCGCCUGCAUCACUCACUAGGAUUUGCCUCUACAGACACAUCAUCUGUUGAUCCUUAGGCUAUCUACUUCAAUCCAAUCUUUACCUAUCCGCCUCAUCAUGGGUUUCUUUGGAAACAACGGCUCGCAAGAGCCCACCUUGGACCAAGUCCACGAGCAACAGGCUCGUCGCCCUUCAGUCGCUGAAGUUGUUGAUGAGCAGGUUCGCCGCAAGUCUGUCGACAACCGCGUCGUUACCGGAGCUUCGGCUCUUACCGUGCGCCAGUCCAUCGUUCCCGUCACCUUGGUCACUAUCCUCUUCUUCAUGUGGGGAUUUGCCUACGGUCUUCUCGAUGUCCUCAACUCUCGCUUCCAAGUCGCUCUUGACAUCACUCGUGGAGAGUCGUCUGGUCUCCAAGCUGCCUACUUCGGUGCCUACUUCAUCGGUCCCUUGACCUACUCUGGAUGGUUCCUCCGCCGCUUCGGUUACCGAUACACCUUCAUUCUCGGUCUCUCCAUCUACUGUGUCGGUGCUCUUAUGUUCUGGCCUGCGGCUGUCAAGCGAAGCUUCGGUGGCUUCUGCGGUGCCAUGUUCCUUGCUGGCUCUGGUCUGUCUACCCUCGAGACAUCUGCCAACCCAUACAUCGCCGUCUGCGGUCCUCCCAAGUACUCCGAGUUCCGUCUUGAGCUGUCCCAGUCCGUUCAGGCUGUCGGCUCCGUCGUUGCUCCUGUCCUCGCUGCCCAGGUCAUCUUCAAGAACGUUGGUACUGAUGGAAAGUCUCUUGAGGCCGUCCAAUGGGUUUACCUUGGUAUUGCUGCCUUCGUCGGUAUCCUGGCUGUCAUCUUCUACUUCGCUCCUAUCCCUGAGAUUACCGACUCCGACAUGGCCGACCAAGCUGAGAUGACUACCUCUGCUACCGGUUACGUUGACAAGCCCCUCCGCAAGCAGUACACUCUCUUCUGGGGUACCGCUGCUCAGUUCUCCUACGUCGCUGGUCAAGUUGGUGUCGCUGCGUACUUCAUCAACUACUUUGCGGAGGCACGCCCCGAUCUUUCGGUCACUGAGGGUCACCACGAGGGAGCCAACUUCUACGCCAUCGCCCAAGCUCUUUUCGCCGUCGGACGUUUCGCCGCAGCUGGACUCAUGUACUAUGGCGGCAAGCCCCGUUACGUCCUUCUCGCUUUCCAAACACUUAUUAUGAUAUUCAUCUCGGCAGCCAUAGGAACCGACACUGGAAGCGCCACUCGUCCCAACUGGGGAGGUCUUAGCAUGUUGAUGAUUGUACUCUUCUUCGAGUCUUGCAUCUUCCCCAUCAUCUUCGCCCUUACUCUCCGUGGUCUCGGUCGCCACACCAAGCGUGGUGCUUCUUUCCUCGUCUCCUCCGUUUGCGGUGGUGCUGUCGGUCCUGUCAUUCUUGGCAACGUUGCUGAUCACAUCGGUACCCGGAAGGCUAUGUGCAUCCCGCUCAUCUUCUUCGCGAUCGCCUGGUCUUACCCCAUCUACCUUAACUUGGUCAAGGGCCGUGAGCUCGAUGCUUACAGUGAGAGCCAUGUCGGUACCACCGAGGGUGCUAUUGACAACGACUCUGUCCUUGCCGACAAGGAUGUUGAGGCGCGCAUGUUCGAGACCAAGGUCUAAGCGUCCAAGCAAUGAUACUAUCUGGUGUUUGGUGGGAUUACUUUGGAUUAGAUGAUACCUAUGAGGAUUGAAUGACGGUAGCGCGGCGUUUGUGAUGGGAUGGUUCGACUCUACUUGGUCGGGUGGAGUUUUGUAUAUACCACGACCUUUGAGUGCACAUAGACUGUACAUAUGUUUAUAUGAAUCACUUGAC